ACAAUGAGAAAUCAAAGUUUUCUGAAGGAAUUCAUUCUCCUGGGACUUACAGACAUGCCACAGAUUCAACCUGUAAUCUUCAUGCUUCUCUUCCUCACCUACAUAUUCAGCAUCAUAGGCAACCUGACCAUCAUCAUCCUCACACUACUGGACUCUCACCUCCACACUCCCAUGUACUUCUUCCUCAGGAACUUCUCCUUCUUAGAAAUUUCCUUUACAUCCACUUUUACUCCAAGACUGCUCUACAGCAUUUCAACUGGAAACAAGAGCAUCAGCUUUGCUGGAUGCCUUACUCAGUAUUUCUUUGCCAUAUUCCUAGGGGCAUCAGAAUUUUUCCUUCUGGCUGCCAUGUCCUAUGACCGCUAUGUGGCCAUUUGCAAACCUCUACAUUACACAACUAUCAUGAACAACAGAGUCUGCAUCCAGCUGGUUCUCUGCUCUUGGCUAAGUGGAUUCCUGAUCAUACUGGGUCUGAUCAUUUUCACCAGUCAACUAAAUUUCUGUGCUUCCAACAUACUGAAUCAUUAUUAUUGUGAUACUUCACCUCUUCUUACAUUAUCUUGUUCAGACACAAGAUUCCUGGAGACACUAAACUUUUUUAUGGCAAUUAUAACAUUAUUUGUCACCCUAGUGCUAGUUAUUAUCUCCUACACAAAUAUCAUAUGGACCAUUAUAAAGAUUCCUUCUGCACAGCAAAGAAAAAAGGCAUUUUCCACAUGUUCUUCCCACAUGGUUGUCAUCUCUCUUUCUUAUGGCAGUUGCAUCUUUAUGUAUGUAAAACCUUCAUUCAAAGAAGGAAUUGCAUUCAAUAAGGGUGUAGCUCUACUCAAUACCUCUAUUGCCCCUUUACUAAACCCAUUCAUUUAUACUUUAAGAAAUAAACAAGUAAAACAAGCUUUUAAGAAUGUGAUCAGAAAGAUUAUUAAUCAUAAAUGA